AUGAUUGAGAUGGGAAAUUUGAAGGAGGCUUUGAAUUUUAUCUGCUCAUUUGAUUUCUGGAGGAUGGCUUUGUUUUGGAACAUUGCCCUUCUUUUUUCUUACUUUCAAUUGCUUAAAAGAAGAAUCUUUGGCUCGAAAUCAAGUUCCUCUUCUUCAUCUAAUCAUUCAUGGAAUAGUUCACAUAGACCUAUCUGUGUUAUCACUGGUGCUACUUCAGGACUUGGUAAGGCCACUGCGUUUGCUCUUUCAAGGAAGGGUUUCUACGUUGUUCUUGUUGGACGGUCCUCUCACUUGUUAUCAAAGACCUUGAAGGAAAUUAAGAAGCAGAAUGAGGAUGCCCAACUCAAAGCUUUUGAAGUUGACAUGUCGUCUUUUCAAUCAGUUUUGAAGUUUCGAAACUCGCUAGAACAAUGGCUUUUAGAAUCAGGUUUACAUUCUUCUAUCCAACUGUUGAUGAACAAUGCUGGAAUACUAGCAACAUCGAGUCGGCCAACCGUUGAAGGCUUUGACCGGAUGAUUGCUACAAAUUAUAUUGGUGCAUUCUCUUUGACCAAACUUCUGUUACCGUUCUUGAAAAACAGCCCUGUGCCUUCACGGGUCGUGAAUGUUACAUCGUUUACACAUCGUUCUGCUUUUGCUGCGAGAUUUGACAAGGAUUCUGUCACUGGAAUGUACUCUUCGGGAUCAAAGCAAUAUCCUUGUGCUAGGAUCUAUGAGUAUUCUAAAUUAUGCCUUCUACUUUUCUCGUAUGAGCUCCAUAGACAACUUCGCCUUACGGAUGAUUCACAUCACGUCUCUGUUGUAGCGGUAGAUCCAGGAGCAGUAAAAACAAACAUAAUGCAUGAGCUUCCUUCAUACAUACAAAUCAUAGCGUUUUACGGUCUCAAGAUUUUUAGACUCAUGCAGUCCUCUGAAGAUGCAGCUGAAUUGAUCAUUGACGCUGCUUUAGCGCCACCCGAAGUAUCAGACAAAUAUUUCUUUGGAGGUAAUGGUCGAACCAUCGAAUCUUCAGGAAUUUCCCGCGACCCGAAACUUGCUAAGGAACUAUGGGACACAUCAUGUCUCAUAUUUAACAGAUUGCAGCAAACUCACACUUGA